UUUUUUAUUGUGGAAAAUUUAAUACUGUUUUAUGUGUUUUCAACAUCACAGAAGUUGAGGCGACAAAAUUACGCAAAUCCAGUUUUAUUAGCGCUAUUUGAUAUUGUGGUUGCAAUCUGUUAUAUUGCAUUGAUGUCGGUUCACAUAUCGGCACUGAUGUUCAAAAAUGUUUUUAUUUUUAACUGUUGGUUGGAAUAUAUGCGAAUUGUUUAUUGUAUACAGAAUAUUGCAUCGACAAUCUCAAAUUUCUUAUUGGUUGUGGCUAGCUUAGAACGAUAUUUAGCAAAUAGUGCAAAAAAAGCUAGCAAAAGUGUACUGAUAGCAAUGGUAAAACAUAAAAUCUAUGUUAUCAUCACAAUUUGUACUCUAUCAUUUUUGUUCAAAGCAACACUGUACAUUGAAACUCCUGUUGUCUACCUCCGUGGAUGUUCAACAUUAAAAAGUGUUGUUCCAAUAUGGGUUCAACAUCAUACGGUUAACGAUCCAUUACGAUUUUGGACUAGAAAACUUUGUACCGUUUUUAUACCAUUUAUUGUAUUAGCUUUUUGCAAUUUUCGUAUUGUUGUUGAGCUACGACAACGGAGACGAGAAUGGAAAGAGAUGUUAAAGCAAUUUUGCACAAGAAGGCUUCCACUUCUUCGAGAAGAAAGUGGCACCGGGUAA